CUGGCUCCUUCCUAGGGCUAGCAGCCAGGGCCGGGGGUGCGCUGACUUGCUGCAGGGCUGGAGAGGCGAGAGGCAGAGCUCUAUCUUGCACUUGGAGCUUCUUGGGGCUCCAGGUGCUUUUCAGCCCUCCAGGGCUGCCUUCUCAGUCUCAAGGUUAAAGAAAAGAAGGUAGAAGGUAUUCAAACACCAGCAUCGCAAAACGGGAGAGAAUAAAAAGAAAAGUCCAGGUGGAUAUUAUCUCUGGACUGAGAUGGCUGGAGAAGCCUCGGCUAAGCCAGGAGAAAGACAGGUCGCCAUCCAGAGGGCAGGAUGGAAAAUGCCCAUUCUCCUCAUAUUGUUGCUCUUGCAAGCUGCAAAUGCACUGAAAGGCCCGAGGCUGGUGUCUGGGGGACCUGGGGGAGCUGUCACCAUCCGCUGCCGCUACAGCCCCUUGUCCAUCAACAAGCACGCGAGGAAGUACUGGUGCCGCAUAAGCCCGGUGACACGGGUCUGCCACACCGUCGUGUCCACCACCAACUACACUCAUCUCAGCUACCGCGGCCGCGUGGCCCUAGCAGACUACCCGCAGGGCGGCUUGUUUGUGGUGACGCUGUCCCAGCUGUCCCCGGAAGACGUGGGGCGCUAUCGCUGUGGCAUUGGCAACAGAAACAACAUGUUCUUCUUCAGCAUGAAUCUGACCGUCUCCACAGAUCCUUCCAGCACCAGCCCCUUGGCCAGUCUGGCUACAGGUGAGCGCAUCACGAGAUCCUCUGAAACAGCAUCACCAGCGGCCAACAGACAGACCUCAGGAACCACCCAGACUGUAGAAAGACAGGGGACAGGAUGGGACAGAAUUGCUCUGCCUCCAGGAACCAACAAAACAAGAGCAUCAGCUGAGGGAAGGCAGACCCCAGGGACAACUGUGGCCAUAGCUGUAGGAACAGCCAGCCAGGGAGAGGGCUCUGUCUGGGCAACAACAGUCCCCAUUCUAGAGAGUCUGGCUUCAACAAUCCGAGGCGUGUCCAGAACGACAGAAGGUAUUUGGGUGUGGGACACCAGAGGCUCAGCAGUAAAUACAGGUAGGCCCAGUGAGGAAAGGAAGGAGACAGCCACUGAGGCCGAUGGACCACCAGAAGAUACAGACUGGGUCAGAACAGCUCUGGAUGUCACGGGGAAAGUCCCAGGGACCGGUAGGCCAUCGACUCUGGUCUCAGGAAAAUGGGUGCAGGAAAUCCUGUCAGAAACAGUGACAACUGCUGCUCAGCCACAAGCCCUGGGCUCCAAUGAAGGAAGCACCCCAGCUGCGAGUGUGUGGACCCAGGGACCCACCAGCAUAGAGAUGGCGUCUGAGCAGGAAGCCACCAAAGGGGACCUAGACAUGCCUGUUGGAGACAGCGAUCCCCAAGCCACACCAAGCCAGGCCCCAGCUGCUGGGUCCGUGAUGCCCAUGGGCAAGAGGUCCUCCAUGAUGAGCGCUUCUCCAGGAGAGAAAAACAUCUCUCGGAUCCUGAUUCCCGUCUCCACGGUGCUGUGCCCCCUGACCCUUGUGGCUUUUGGCCUAUUGCAAAAGAAGCUGCGGACAAAGGAGAUGACUCAGGAGACAGAGAGGGCAGCAGCGGUCACCUUGAUUCAGAUGACAUAUCUCCUGGAUCCGAGCCUGCAGCCAGACCAGCUGUCCCACAUGGAAAGGAACAUGCUCCGGGAUGACUGUCCUCCCCAGAUCUGUUAGCCAGCUGUCUGAACUUUGCGUCUGGGCAAAGCAGCCUUUGAACAAUGGGAGAGAAAGAAAGGAAGGACUCCGGUGUCAGGUUGAGAACUGUCAGGUCGACAUUUCCAGAAGGAUCAGCCCUGCCUCCAUUGCUGUCAACAGCGCCAGAAACCCUCCGUUAAUACUGCCUCACAGCUGGUGCCCAGCACAGGCGCUGUCCUCCCAAAAUCACAGAGAUUUAGUCUUCCAACUUGGUGAGGGAGACCCCAUUGUUUUGGAGAAGUAGGGAAGUUGGAUGUGUCUAGCCGAAUGGAAUCAUAGGCUUUCAGAGCUAACAGAGCCUUACAGUCCUGGGUGAAAUAACUGAGGCCCUAUGGGGAGAAGUAAUCUGGUUGAAGCUAGUGAGUAAUAGAGUAAGGAUCCGAAAAGGGAACCCCUAACUUUGAUCUAGUGCUUUCUCCUCUUCGCCAUUGCUAAACAAUGUUUCAAAGCAAAACUAAUACCAUCAAUGACGUUGCUGUUUCUUGCCCCAGAUCAUUUUUGUGAACACUCUCUCAGUUCUCAGUGACCCUCCUGCACGGUCUGUAAGAGGGACAGGGAAGCCAGAAGAGCCACAUUACCCCAUUCAACCAAUGAGGAAGCAGGCGCGGGGGCAGAGGCUGUCCAGCCAAGGUCACUCGGCCCAUUAGAGACAGGGUCAGGCUGAGAACUCAGGCGGUAAAGGAUCAUUCCACCUACCCAGUGUUUACCAGGGGCGUCCACAGAAGGCAAGCUUCUCAAGAUCGUUAAGAGGUGUUCUGAAGGAAGAAAAAAAGUUGAGGUGGUAGAUCAAACAAGUUUGGGAAAUGCUGGUUAAACAAUAAAUGGGUUCUUACGC